AUCCGCUAGAUAUCCCAACAAACAAAUACUGAACGUCGAAGUGAAACUUACUCAGAGCUUUCUAUACAGAAUUUUUUUCACAACAAACAACAACAAAUAAAAGAAGUUCGAGAUGGAGUCUAUCGCCAAAGUUUUGUGUUUUUGUGCCUUUUUUGGACUGUUAUCCGGAUCCGCUAUACCUAUGUGGGAGUAUCUGAGCAAACAAGAAAAGAUGUCCUAUCUAUACUCUAUGUUUGCGAAUCAAGUCGAGGAUUUCUGCGAAUCAUCGAAUAUGAAAAAUUGCAAUCACGAGCUUCUCAAAUAUGGUCUUGAUAAACUCAAGGAUAUGUCAGAGGACCAUCUUGAUACCAUGGACCCAUAUCAACGUGGAGCCAGUAACAUAAUCUGGGACUCUAUGAUGGAAGGUCACGAGAUGGCUAGCACCACUCCGAAACCUCAAAAAUCAGCCACAACCACCGCCAAACCGAACAGUUACGAUGACCAUUCCUUCGACGAAGAAUUCGGAAAUCAAGGUGAAGGAUCUGCCAGGAUUGACACCAUAUAUCGUGUACCCCCUCCAAAGGGCUUCGUGUUCAAGGUAUCAACUGGAAAACCGAUCUACACCUACCCCCAUAACUACCAAUACAUCACGAGGGUCAACAAGGGAAACGUUGCCAAUCAAUACACCACCACAACUAGAAGAACCUCCGGUAUAUAUGAGGACUCUCCCUUAACUGGACCUAUGGAGGUCAGGGUGUAUUUAGAUGGAACCCCUGUUCGUGAUUCCCAGAAACAACAACUGCCACAAGACGAAGACUUGAGGCAGUACCAAUUGUCCAAAGUCAAAAUACCGAAUCUGUAAGGACGGACCAAGGGUACUGACCUCAUCAACUUGAUAAACAGAUGAUGGUCUCUGUUGACAUUUCGACGACGUUUGUGAUAUUCCUUGUUGUAUAUAUUUAUUUUAUUUGUGUGCCAGUUGCUGCGUGAGAGAGUAUGUGAUCCUAAUUUAUAUCAAAAGAUAUUAUUUAUAUUUAUGUAAUUUAAUUUAUGGAGAAUCACAUUCAUGGUGGUUUUUAAUACUACAUCCAGUUAUUAUGGAUGGUUCCUGAGCUAUAUGAAGAUAGUGACAAUAAAUGUUUUCUUCUUAA